CAUCAGCUUCAGUGCAGGCGGGACGCUGCAGCCGCUCCAGCAGCAGCAGCCUGAGCCGAGGGAUCUAUUGUUCCUCCUGUUUUUUUUCCUCGUUUCCCCCCCACUCAGACCCCAUUCUGCUUCAUUGGCUCAGGCGCACAGAGCGAGAGAGAGAAAGGACAGGAGAGCAGAGGAGGAGUGGACAGUGCUUGGUGGAUUACACUUUGCUGGAGGAAACCUCGUGCGCGUGUUAGGGAGUGAGAGAGAGGGGGUGAGCGAGGGACAAUAGCAAGCUGUUUCUGCUCGUUUUGCUCGGGCUCUCCGCUGAGUGUGCGUGUGCUGCAGCGCUUUGGACUCUAUUGGACCAAACCUUUACUGUGUGGAUCUAAGCGGCCGUGCUGAAGCCAUGAGGCUGCCGGCCGGCGGGGCUGCAGGACCACGGCCAGCUGCCCGGCUGCUCAGGGCCGCUCUGCUCUUCGUGGGGCUGUGGGACGUGCAGAUGCAGACGCUGACCAACAUCAAUAAACCCACCUACAUCUGGCAGACAGGGCCAUGGGGCAGGUGUAUGGGCAGUGAGUGUGGUCCAGGGGGCAGUCAGAGCCGAGCAGUAUGGUGUGCUCAUUCUGAGGGCUGGACCACACUCCAGACCAACUGCCCGCAGAGCGAACGACCCGACAACCAGCAGAGCUGCUUCCGUGUCUGUGACUGGCACAAAGAGCUGUACGAUUGGCAGCUAGGUGCAUGGAACCAGUGUGUGCCCGUCUCGCUGCGGAACCCUGGGGUGCCGCGGCCGGCCGUGUGCACACGAGGCGAAGAGGGCCUCCAGACCCGUGAGGUGGGCUGUGUCCAGAAAGCCGAUGGAGCGCCCGCUGAGGAUGCCAUCUGCGAAUACUUUGAGCCCAAGCCACGGUUGGAGCAGGCCUGCCUCAUCCCCUGUCCGCGGGACUGUGUAGUUUCUGAAUUUUCUCCAUGGACUGCUUGCUCCAAGACAUGUGGAAUGGGUUUGCAGAACCGUGUUAGGUCCAUUCUGGCACCACCGCUGUUUGGGGGCUCAGCCUGCCCUAACCUGACUGAGUUCCGCACCUGUCAGCCAGGUUCCUGCCCUGGUCCAGAGAGCAUGUACAGUCUCAGGGUUGGCUCCUGGGGGCCUUGUACCACUACCACUACCCCUUCACGCCAGGCUAGGCAAGCAGAGCCUGACCCACCUAGUUCUCCAGAUAGACCAAAUCAUCCAGGUAGACGCAAACGUCCAGAUAGGCCAGAUCGUCCAGAUAGACCAAAACGUCCAGAUAGACCGAACCGCCCAGACAGACCAAAACGUCCAGACAGGCCAAAUCGUCCAGACAGGCCAAAUCGUCUAGACAGACAAAAUCGUCCAGACCGACCAGACCGACCAGACCGUCUGACGAGACAGGAGCGGCAGGCAAAGCGGCGCAAGAACAAAGAGAAUAAGGAAGCUAAAGGUGAGCGGGUGAGGGAGAGGAUGAGGGACCGAGGCAGGGUGAAGGAUCCAGAGACGCGAGAACUUAUCAAGAAGAAGCGGACAAGGAACCGGCAGAACCGACAGGGUGGGAAGUUCUGGGACUUGCAGGUGGGCUACCAGACAAGGGAGGUGACAUGUGUGCACAGAAGUGGGAGCACAGAGGAACUCAGCUUGUGCAAUCAACAAACCCUUCCAGUCACAUACCAAGCCUGUGUCAUCACUAAGGACUGUGAAGUGACUGAGUGGUCUGAAUGGUCAGCCUGCUCAAAGGAGUGCUACGAUCUGAACGGGCCCAAAGGUCAGCGGACACGCACACGACGUAUUCAGCAGUUCAACGUGGGCGGAGGUGCCGAGUGCCCCCAUCUGGAGGAGUCUGAGCCAUGUUCUCCUCAGGGGGAGGGAGUUCCACCGUGUGUAGUGUACACCUGGAAGACUACUGAGUGGAGUGAAUGUAGGGUAGAUACUCUUCUCAGCCAGCAGGACCGGCGGCGUGGUAACCAGACUGGAUUGUGUGGAGGUGGGAUCCAGAGUCGGGAGGUGUACUGUGUUCAAGCUUCCUCCGACCCACCAUCCAACCUCAGCUCCCUCAAGAGCAAAGAAGCGUCCCGGCCCGUGAACAGUGACCUGUGUUUAGGAGUGUCUCCCAACACCACUCAGCUGUGUCACAUCCCCUGUCCAGUGGAGUGUGAGGUGUCUUCCUGGAGUGCCUGGGGACCCUGCACCUUCGAGAACUGCCAGGACCAGAGCUCCAAGAAAGGUUUUAAGCUGAGGAAGAGAAAGAUUUUGAAUGAGCCCACGGGUGGAACAGGAAACUGCCCACACUUGACGGAGGCGAUACCGUGUGAGGAGCCCACCUGCUACGACUGGCUGCUGGUGAAACUGGAAGAGUGCAUUCCUGACAAUGACAAGGAGUGUGGACCUGGAACCCAAAGCCCCCAAGUGCAGUGUAUCAACAGUGACGGUGUCUUUGUGGACAGACAGCUGUGUCGGGAUGCCAUCCUCCCCAUGCCUGUGCUGUGUGAGGUGCCGUGUCCGAAAGACUGUGUGCUGAGCCCCUGGACAGCUUGGUCACUCUGCUCUCAUACCUGCUCAGGGAAGAACACGGAGGGCAAGCAGACCAGAGCGCGUUCCAUACUGGCCUACAAUGCAGGAGAGGGUGGGGUCCAGUGUCCUAACAGCAGCACCCUACAGGAGGCCCGAAGCUGUAAUGAACACCCCUGCACUGUAUACCACUGGCAGACGGGCCCGUGGGGUCAGUGCAUAGAGGACACCUCUGUCCCCUCGGCUAAUGGCUCAAUCAGCCGCAGUGGAGCUGGGGCCAGCGGCACUGAAGCGUCCUGCUCUGUAGGCAUGCAGACCCGCAAGGUUAUCUGUGUGCGCGUCAAUGUGGGCCAAGUGCCACCCAAGAAGUGUCCAGAAAGCCUGCGUCCAGAAACCGUGAGACCAUGUCUGCUGCCAUGUAAGAGAGACUGCAUUGUCACCCCGUACAGUGACUGGACCCCCUGUCCCACUACCUGCCAAGCAGGUGGAGCCACUAAGAAGAAACAGUCUAGGAAACGUAUCAUUAUUCAACUGCCAGCCAAUGGAGGUCAGGACUGUCCAGAAGUUCUCUUCCAGGAGAAGGAGUGUGAGGCACCUUCUGUCUGCCCUGGCUACAGGUGGAAAACUCAUAAGUGGCGACGUUGUCAGUUGGUGCCAUGGUCCAUUCGGCAGGACAGCCCUGGAGCUCAGGAGACGUGUGGACCAGGACUGCAGGCUAGAGCGGUGUCCUGCAGAAAGCAGGACAGUGGGCAGGUUGACAUUGGGGUCUGUCUGAAGCUGGCUGGUCCGAUGCCCUCCCUCACUCAGGCCUGUCAGCUCCCAUGUCAGGAUGAUUGCCAGCUGACCAGCUGGUCCAAGUUCUCAUCCUGUGCAGCUGACUGUGUGGGUGUGCGAACUCGCAGGAGGGCACUUGUGGGUAAAAGUAAGAAGCGAGACCACUGCAAGAACACUCAGCUGUACCCACUGAGUGAGACACAGUACUGUCCCUGCAAUAAAUAUAAUGCCCAGCCAGUGGGGAACUGGUCAGACUGCAUUCUGCCUGAGGGAGGCCGUGUGGAGGGCCUACUGGGCAUGAAAGUGCAAGGAGAUAUCAAGGAGUGUGGUCAGGGUUAUCGUUACCAGGCUAUGGUGUGCUACGACCAGGACAACCGGCUAGUGGAGACCUCCCGAUGCAACAGUCAUGGUUACAUUGAAGAAGCCUGUAUCAUUCCCUGUCCAUCUGAUUGCAAACUCAGUGAAUGGUCAAACUGGUCACGCUGCAGCAAGUCCUGCGGAAGUGGGGUCAAAGUGCGUUCCAAAUGGCUUAGAGAGAAGCCCUACAAUGGUGGUCGACCAUGCCCCAAACUAGACCAUGUUAAUCAGGCUCAGGUGUAUGAAGUUGUACCAUGUCAGAGUGACUGCGGUCAGUAUGUUUGGGUGGCUGAACCUUGGAGUGUAUGGAAAGUCAGUAAUGUGGAUCUGAAGGAGAACUGUGGGGAGGGAGUGCAGACCAGGAAAGUUAGGUGCAUGCAAAAUACAAUUGAUGGUCCUUCAGAUCCAGUUGAGGACUAUCUGUGUGACCCAGAGGAGAUGCCACUUGGAGCCAGAGAAAGUAAGCUGCCCUGUCCAGAAGACUGUGUCCUGUCUGACUGGAGUCCCUGGAGUCGAUGCCCACUGCCAUGCAAUGCAAAUAACACCCGAGAAAGGACAGCCAACCCUAUCCGUCAGCCUGGCGAAUCAAAGCAGUGUCCACCCACAACUGAGCGAGAGCCUUGCACUCUCAAUACCAACUGCUUUCACUACUCCUACAACAUCACAGACUGGAGCACAUGCCAGCUGAGUGAACGAGCUGUAUGUGGCAGCGGCAUUAAGACGCGCAUGCUGGACUGUGUGCGCAGUGAUGGCAAGUCUGUAGACCUCAAGUUCUGUGAAGAGCUUAACCUUGAGAGGAAAUGGCAGAUGAAUGCUUCCUGCGUGGUUGAGUGCCCCAUCAACUGUCAGCUGUCUGACUGGUCCUCCUGGUCUGAGUGCACUCACACCUGUGGGCCGGCAGGGAAGUUGUGGAGGCGGAGGACAGUGAUCCAGGCAUCUCAGGGCGAUGGCCGACCGUGUCCCUCUCAGUUGGAGCAGUGGAAGCCGUGCCCUGUUAAGCCCUGCUACAGCUGGAGAUACAGCGCCUGGUCUCCGUGCAAAGCUGAGGGUGCUCGCUGUGGAGAAGGCCUGCGCUUCCGAAAUGUGUCUUGCUUCGUUUCGGAUGGCUCUGGGAAAGAGGAGGGCAAUUUGGUGGAUGAGGAGCUAUGUGGAGAUUUGGAACAAACAGUGGAAGGAGAUAAACAGAUCACUCUGGAGGAGUCCUGCACAGUGCCCUGUCCAGGUGAGUGUUAUUUGACGGACUGGACCUUGUGGAGUCCGUGUCAGCUGAACUGCGUGGGUGGGGAUGACCUGGGCUUCGGGUCAGUGCAGGUGCGCUCUCGGGCUGUGCUCGCCCAAGAACCAGAGAAUCUCCUGCAGUGUCCGGAGCAGGAGUGGGAGGCCAGGCCAUGCACAGACGGUCAGUGUUAUGAGUACAAGUGGAUGACCGGUUCAUGGAAAGGUUCUUCUCGUCUGGUAUGGUGCCAGCGAUCGGACGGGUUGAAUGUCACAGGUGGAUGUCUGGCGACAAGUGAACCCGUGUCAGACAGGUCAUGUGACCCAGCCUGUGACAAACCCCGCUCUUACUGCACUGAGGCUGGUAUGUGCGGUUGUGAGGAGGGCUACACAGAAGUGAUGACAUCAGAUGGGGUUCUGGACCAGUGCACAGUGAUCCCAGUGCUGGAAAUUCCCACUGCAGGGGACAGCAAAGCCGACGUCAAAACCAUCAGGGCCAUCAGCCCUACCCAGCCUACCACCAACCUGCCUGGACGCUCCGGUCGAACGUGGUUCCUGCAACCCUUUGGACCAGACGGCAAGCUGAAGACCUGGGUGUACGGCGUGGCAGCAGGAGCUUUUGUGCUGCUGGUAUUCAUCUUCUCCAUGACUUACUUAGCCUGCAAAAAGCCAAAGAAGCCCCAGAGAAGACAGAUGAACAACAGACUGAAGCCUCUGACACUAGCUUAUGACGGCGAUGCUGACAUGUAGCCUCCCUGGAACCACUGAUCCUGUAAACCACAUUACUCCACAGCUGCCUACUGGCUAAAGCCUGCGCAGACUUUAUGGACUGCUUUUUCUAUGACGUUAUGGAGUCUCUGCCCCAGUUUAUAAUUGGCCCACGUUUGUCCCUCUUCCCUUUUUUAUUUACUUUUCAACUAUUUUGACUUUCACUGGAGCCUUCACGAACUUGUAUCUUCUUAAGGAAGUCUGCCUUCGCCUUUCUGCCAUUUCUCUACCAUAGACUUGUCUGUCGGAUGGAAAUCUGUUGGAGAGGGCCUUUUUUUGAAUAGAGAAGUUUUUCGUUGAGAAAGCACAAGGAUACCUUUUCUCUCCUCAGGCGUGUGCGGCUGCAAUGUUUGGAAACCUCCUUAUCUCACAGCUCCUGUAAAAGUGAUCAGUCACUGUCCUACUCCGAAACACGCUCCAUUUGUGUUUGUUUGUUGCAGCCGUUUCCUCAGUAGUAUCGUGGCGAAGGAUUUGAGGUCGGUGCUCAGAUAUUCCAGGCUUGCUAGUGCCCCCUACAGAAACUCUGGCCUGCCUCUCCCCUCUCUGUAUUCAGGUUCCAUUUUGCACUAUAUUAGUGCAGCAUGAUUACUUAUAACAUUGCCAUAGGAAACUGCCUCUCUCAAUACAGACGAUGUACAGUCUUGUGCUAGGCGUGUAAAAAAAACUAGACCUUUUUUUGCAGAAUGAACUCAACAAUGUCUGUUUAAAGUUACUUACUUUACCUCUUGUUUGUGAUAAUAUGGGGCACAAAUGUAAGAUAAUUUCUGUGGUUGCCACUUUCCCCUUGUAACAUGUACAGUUGGAGUCUACUAAGUGUUGCGUUCUUUGCCUGAUUGACUUUAUGUAUGUUAUUUGAUUUUUUCUUUUGAUUGUGGGUUUUGAUGGCUCAGUUCCCUAAAUUUCUUUGCAUCAUUUCAGUAUAGAGGUGCACUAUAAUGGUUUAAUAAUGCUCUUAAUUAAUUAAGCCUCACCAAGCUGGUAACUGGCUACUCAUUAAUACUUAAUUAACACUUUAUUAAAUACUUUAUUAACAAUAAGUAGCAGUAAUUAGACAUUUUACAGAACACUUUUAUUUGUGUAUUUUACUGCAGUCUUUUGCAUAAACAUUGCAUUAUUAUGCUCUUAUUAAGCCAUUAGCUAGUAACUGCUUUAUCCAGCCCCUAAUAGCUAAUUAAUCGUUGGCUCAUUAGCACUAACUUGGAGGAAUUAAGCAUUGCAUGUUAUAUAUCAUAGUCCUAUAUACAUAGCUUUCCUGACCACUGGGUCUGUAUGCAAAGUGCUUAUUAAUGAAAUUCCUAAUUACUCAUAUUGCAUUUCAUGAGAAUUGUUUCUUUUUUGCCUUUCAAAGCGGUAGUUUGGUGUUGUCGUUUGAUUUUUAUCAAUAUUGCAACAGAAAAUCACCAUUUAGCUGUUGCUUAAUAUAACAAGCAGCCAGCUAUUUAUCAGCGACUGGCUUGUUAAGGCUUAAUAAGAGCAUUAUUAAAGGACAUUGUAAUACACCCUAUACUAAAGUGUUGCCAGUUUUCUAUUAAUUCCUCUGAUUUAAAAGGGCUCCGUUGUCAUGAUAUGAGAGCUUUCAGAGGUUUUAGAACAAGACGCUGCUUGUUUUAAUUAAUAGCAAUUCUACUGUGUUUAUCAUUGCUGUCCAAAAAAAGAAAAAAACAAGCAUCUCCAUUUUUUCCUGAUUUUUAUUUUUCUACAUUUGAGCACCACAGAUGUACUUUAUAUUAUGUGAAAAUUUCAUGACAAACGGACCAAUAGAAAUGCUCCAAAAUUGCUUAGAAAUCUAUUUACCUUUCACGAUAAAUAAGGAGCGGUUUUUUGCCCUCUCCUGUAAAGUGACCAUUUUAGAUAUACUGUGUUUUCUUUGGACAGUGAUGAUGAGUAAGUCCAAGCAGUUGUGUAACACAUUAAUCACACACAUCAUAACAGCUACAGUCCCAAUAACUAAAACAGUGAUGUUUAGCCAGAAUGUUAAGAUGAAUUUGGAUGGUUUAUCGAACUGUUGUGUUUGGUAUUUUUCGUAUGUAGACUUAAAUACAGCAGGUGGGCGUCUCUACAAAGAAAAGACAUCAUAUAUAAAACUCCUAAGUAACCAGUUCAGCUUCAAGUGCAAAGAAAAUGUGAAGAAGCUGACCUCGACUAGCUCUCGAUUAGCUAUAGCAGACUGCAAGACUUGAGAGGAAAACUGUACUUUGCUGUGGCCAGUUCUUCUGCAGGUAGUCAGUUUCAAUGAAGCAAAACGUAGCAUCCCCAAGGAUGCAGAUUGUAAUGAUCUGUGAAGUUAGCAGCAUACUUAGAGAAAGAACAUGUUUGGAUCAUGAACACAGGCAGUAUUACAGUGCAGACUAAGGGAUAAGCUAUAUCUACAGUAUGUAUUAUAAACAUGUUGGCCUGUAGUGGCAUAUCAUUAACUUAACAUUUUAAAGGUAUCAACAGCAGAUGAAAGGAAUGUUUACUUUUUUUUUAUUAUGAGUUGUAAAUACAUGGAUGAUGAUUUUAUUUAAUAAUUUUCUGUAUUAUAUAUAAAUAUGUUAAUUUUGUUUUUUUAUCCAGAAAAUGUUAGGGGAACAAACUGUGUGUGGGCAUGCGUGUGUAUGAGAGAGAGCAAGAGAUAGAAUGAGUGAGAGAGAGACCAUGAGAGAGAGAGAGAGAGAGUGAGAGUGAGAGUGAGAGUGAGAGUGAGAGUGAGUCAACAGCUACUGAUCUUCUCUGGGGCUAUCCAGAUUUACUGUGUGAAAACGUUGCUCAGCUUUGUCCUUUUCCUACAGGUUGUUUAUAUGUAUCUGAUGAAUUGCUGAUAAUAAACAAGAAAAAGCCUUCA